UUUACGAUCAAGGCGUCCCGGGAAACAUUCAGCACCGCCGAUCGUGCUCAUUUGCUGAACGAUGCCAAUACUUUGGCCGCUGCCGGACAGCUGAGUUACGCCGUGGCACUGGAUCUGAGCACUUACUUGGGGACCGAGCAGGACUACGUGCCCUGGAGCGUGGGCACAGCCUCCCUUUCAACUCUAAGGAAUCGCGUCUACUACACGGAUCUGUACAGCAACUUCACAACUUACGCCCGCAAGCUGCUUACGCCCAUUGUGGAGAGCGUCACCUUUACUGUCGGCACCGAUCAUCUGGAAAAUCGCCUCCGCAUCAAGGUGCUGAGCUCCGCUUGCAGUUUGGGACACGAGAGCUCCUUGCAGCAAGCUGUCACGCUAUUCAACCAGUGGCUGGCCAGUCCGGAAACCCGACCCAGUCCGGAUAUACGGGACGUGGUCUACUAUUAUGGUCUGCAGCAGGUGAACACGGAGGCUGCCUGGGAUCAGGUGUGGAAGCUGUACCUGGACGAGACCGAUGCCCAGGAGAAGCUAAAGCUAAUGAACUGUCUGGCCGCCGUGCAGGUGCCGUGGCUACUGCAGCGGUACAUCAACUGGGCUGGGACGAGCAAUGUGCGCCGUCAGGACUACUUUACGCUGUUGGGUUACAUCUCCAUCAAUCCGGUGGGUCAGAGCUUGGUGUGGGACUAUGUGCGCCAGAACUGGGAGCAGCUGGUGGAGCGGUUCGGCAUCAAUGAGCGUACCUUGGGUCGACUGAUCCCCACGAUCACUGCUCGAUUCUCCACGCAGACGAAGCUGGAGGAGAUGCAGCAGUUCUUCACCAAGUAUCCCGAGGCGGAAGCCGGAACUGCAGCUCGCCAACAGGCACUGGAAACGGUGAAGGCCAACAUCAAAUGGCUAACGGUCAACAAGGCCCAGGUGGGCGAAUGGUUGGCCAGCUACGUCCAACAGUCCACCGUCACCAAUCGCAGUCAAUGAAUCGCCAAA